AUGCUCAUCACCGCCACGGCCAUGAAGAAAUCCAUCGCCUGCACAGCUUGCAGGGCGUCGAAGCGGAAAUGUAUCAAUACCGGCGAACCGCCCUGCGACCGGUGCAAGGGCCGAGGCGAUGAGUGCAUCUUCCCACCGCACUCGCAUGCCUCGGGCCUCUCCGCCCAGCGCGCCCGGGCUGGCCGGCGGGAGUAUCCCAUUGGGAGUCCCCUGAGUCUGGCGAGGAUCAAGCUCCAGGACUCGGCGCCGGCAACUCCCUCUUCCUCUGCCGCUCCUCUAGACAACCCCUUCAGCUACCUGACAGAUGAAGUCAAGUCGUGCUACGUGAGAUGCGCCUACAAGUGGUCCUUCCACCACACGCCCAGCCUGCUCUCCAGUAUACACAGGCAGACUCUUGAUCACUGUCUUGCAUGGGCCAUUCUGGCCAUUGCCGUGCGCUUCUCGCAGUUUUCUCCGACUGGCUACCCGAGCCAGAUUGAUGCCAGCAACGCGUUUGCCUCGCGCGCAAGGUCCCUCAUCCUGCCACAUGUGGAUGAGCCGACUCUGCAGCGCAUCCAGGUGCUUCUGCUGCUCACGGGUCACUCCUGGGGUGCAGGAGAAGGGAAGCGAGCAUGGUUCUAUCUAGGCAUGUCUGUCCGAAUGGCCCAGUCCUUGGGCCUAUUUGACGAGGAUCCACCGAGCCCCGACCUGUCCAGUGAGGAGUUCAUAGCAGCAGAGGAGCAAAGACGGACCGUGUGGACUUGUUUCCUCAUGGACAGUAUAUUGAGUGGCGGCAAAGCUCGAGACCGAACAUUGUCUGCUGAGAGGAUGAAUAUCCAACUUCCUUGUGACAUGGACACCUUUAACUUUGGCGAGCCCGUCAGGUGUGAGAUGCUGGACGGUUCUCUACCUCCCGGGGACGAUGUUCCUGUUGGAAAUCUGGACCUCAUUGGUUAUACGAUGCGUGUCGCUAACGUAUGGGGUGACGUAGCAAGAUGGGCUUGCGCAUCCCAUUCAGAUGAGCCUCCCCCGUGGAACCCUCAGUCCAGCUUACAGAAACUUCUCGCCCGGCUUGAGGACUGGCGAGCCUCACUGCCAAAGCGUCUCAGAUACAGUCCGCAUCUUCUCCGAGCACACUCCGUAUCGAACCAAGGCCAGGCGUACUGCUACAUGCACGCCAUCUACCAUGUGUCCAUCAUCUGUCUCUACCGCUCCUACCUCCCAGAAGUCGAGAUGGGCCAGCUACGCAACAACAAACCAGCAGAAUGGGAGCAGUGGUCGGUCAACUCGAGCGAGGAGCUCGUAAAGAUGGCAGAGCGGGUCUGCGAGAUGCUCCACGAAAUGCGAAACUUUGGUCUGUUCUUCCUGCGCGGGCUUGUGCCUUGCGUCGGGUUCGCGAGCUACACGGCCGUGGGGGCACUCCUGUUCUUCUUCCACUUCCCGUUUCCGGGGGCGGAGGAGGCCCGGAUCCAGUCUUGGCGGACUCGUGUUGUGGAAGGAUGCGAUGUUCUCAAGGAGAUGAGACAAGCAUGGCCCAUGGCCGACACUUGGAGGAACACUAUCCAAAGGAUGCAAUUCUUUUACUCCAACAUCAAAGCUGGAGGAGACACGACAGUAAGCAACACGACGGAAGGCAAGGCGCUGCACAAUUCUGUCAUCGACUACGGCGCCUUGCAAAACUCCCCAGUUGGCCAGCCUGACCACUCUGAGCCCGAGAAUAGCUCGAGCCAAGGCCAGGGCGCAACCCCAGAAGAUGGCCAGCCGCGGGCAUUUCCGGGGUUGGUCAUGCCGUCUCCUCAAAGCGAGUUCAGCAACGAGAAUGAAGCCGAGGCUGAGACAGAGGCAUCGGGUUUCGUCGGCCUGGAGCCAUUCGCGACGGAUGUAUCAAUGUUGUCUGAUGCGGAUAUGUACAAUACCAUGAACAUCGACAUGGACCUGGCUGUGCCUCCCAUGUUUGUCAAUGUUUCACAAGGAUUCUGGGGUGGCUUUCCUGAGGAAAUGGAAACGUAG